GUGGGAGGCCCCGCCUCCGCCGCCGAGCGUUAGCGCCGCUCGCUCCCCCGCCCUCGCUCGCUCGCUGCGCGCCGUUGCGGGUCAGCGCCAGCAGCUCGUGCCGCAGUGAGGGAGCGGAGCACAGCGGGCCCGGUGGCGGCGCCCAACGUACGCUUGCAACAGCCAGAGCGGGCGCUCGGCGGAUCCAGCUGCAGAGGACGACGCCUGACGCCCACCCGCCACCAUGGGAAAUGAGGCAAGCUACCCUUUGGAAAUGUGCUCGCACUUUGAUGCUGAUGAGAUUAAACGGCUAGGAAAGAGAUUUAAGAAGCUUGAUUUGGACAACUCUGGUUCUUUGAGUGUGGAAGAGUUCAUGUCUUUACCUGAACUGCAACAGAACCCGUUGGUACAGCGAGUAAUAGAUAUAUUUGACACAGAUGGCAAUGGAGAAGUGGACUUCAAAGAAUUCAUAGAAGGAGUCUCCCAGUUCAGCGUCAAAGGAGAUAAGGAACAGAAGUUGAGGUUUGCUUUUCGCAUCUACGAUAUGGACAAAGAUGGUUAUAUCUCCAAUGGGGAGCUCUUCCAGGUGCUGAAGAUGAUGGUGGGGAACAAUCUCAAAGACACUCAGUUACAGCAAAUUGUAGAUAAAACCAUAAUUAAUGCAGAUAAGGAUGGUGAUGGAAGAAUAUCCUUUGAAGAAUUCUGUGCUGUUGUAGGAGGCCUAGAUAUCCACAAAAAGAUGGUGGUAGAUGUGUGACUCUGUAGGGCACCACCCAACACUUUUGCUUUCUUCUCCAUCUCUGAAGAUCUGCUCAAGACGUCCAGCAAUGCUCUCUGUGUAUUUAAAUGGAAGUAUUUUUCUCUGUGAAGCCACAUUUUCCAACAUGAGCCUCAUGAAGCCAACUAAGUGUUAUUGAACUUUGAUUCUCUCAAUAACUCAGUGUAGCACUUUAAAGUCUGAAGGACAGCAAAGAUGGAAAGAGCAUAUCAGUGUGGUGGAGAAAGGGAAGGGGUUGGCUUUUUAAUUUAUUUUUCUUCAUCUUUUAUAACAAGGAAAUAUCUAUCUAUAUAUAUAUAUGUGUGUGUGUAUUUAUAUAUAGAUAUAUAUGUAGCUUUCUAUAUGUAGUAGCUAGGUGGGCUUUAAUUUAAUAUACUUGAUUCAGAAACGAAAACUAGAGUACAAAGUGCCAAGCAGAAUAUUAACAGUUCAAUAUAUGGGUAUACAUCCUUACUUUUAUUUCACACAGUUUUAUAUAUAUAGUAGAAGAAUGUAAAAUUGUAACUGGGUGUUAGGUCAACUCUUCUCCUUUUCCUGUGACUGUUCAGAUGUUUCUAUAUAUUGACUGGCUGACAAAGCAUCGCUUCUUAUUAAUUUACCUUAAUGACAUGUUUUGUAACACAGGAGACUAAGUUUAUUUAUACCUGUUAAUAUAUUACCAGGGACUGUGUCUCUUUGCUAAAUAACUUAAUACAGUUCUACUUCGUAUAGUUUAAUGCUACUGCCAAGAACCAGCCCUCGUGUGCACAUAGUAACUGCAGAAUGCUUCGAUGGCUACUAGAUUUUGUCACCUACCAUAUAGGGGUGGUCACAGCUGUCCCAAAGUUAACGCUCAUCUGCUGUUUUGGAUUCAUUUUAGAUACGGCUACUCGAGGUGUCAGACACAUUCACAACCUUCUCUCGUGCUCACCUUAAUGAAAUUAGGAGCUGUGUAGCCACAGGUCCCCAUCUACUUAUUUUAUACAGUAGGUAGAUUAUAAAGUGUUCUUGCCAUUUAAAUUCUCUCAUUUCAACUGUGAUAGUUUCCCCCUCUGCAUUUAAAGAAUAUUACAGGUAGCAUAAAUAACUGGUAAUAUUAUAUAUAUAUAUAUAUAUUUAUAUAUAUGUAUAUAGGAUUCAUACGGGGGAAAAUCUUGUUAACCUACGCCACAGAGGAGGAAAACUUCACACUCUCUAAAUUGAUACCUCUUGCAGUUCUCCAGUCCUUUGCCUGGAGAACGUUUUCUUUUCUAGAUUUGUCCAUAUCAUGAUUUGUACCGGAUGGGAACUUGAUAUAUUUGUGUGAUAUAAAAGUAGCGAGCCACGUUUUACAAACUUUCUAUCAUCCCUUCCCUUUUCUGCAAUGGUACUUAUUGGCUGGAAGAAAAAAAAAAACCAACCAUUUGCUAGAUUUUUUAGGACAGCACAUCUUUCCUGUAUAGUAGUUUUUCUAUUGAAAAAAAGAAUUGUUUUAUAAUCAGCAUUGGAAAGCGCAGGUUGUCUGAAUCUACUUCUAUCGAGCACCUGUCUGCCAUAGCUGUUCCUUCAACUGAGUGCUGCACAUCCAUGGGCUCUGUCUGUGAGAGAAAUCCAGGUGCUUGGUGUCCUUGCAUGACGUGAAGUUUUGCAUGUAGAUCGAUUGGAAACGUUCCUCUUGUUUACAUCAUUUGCGUAAUUUAAACGAAUCAUGUUGCCAAACUUUGGUAAAUGUUAAUGUUCAAAACAAAAAUCUCCACUACCGUGUAACUUUCUUCCUCUGGAUCAGUACGUGGCUUAUAUAAUCCCAGCCAGUGGUUUUAUCUGUUCCAGUGUCAACUGCCAUGUGCUCUGCUUCGAGGGGGAACUGGUCUUUUGUGAAUUAUUUUUUUUGUACAUAAGUAUUUGUUACAGACAUUUUAGCAAAUGCUUUUCAUUUCUCUUACUGGCUUGUGCAUAUCUUGGCUGUUGUUAGAGAAGUUAUUUAGUGCUACCGUUAUUUCCUUCGGUGGGUUGGGGGGGUAGGUAAUAAAGGGUGGAUGGGAAGGGGAGGGAUGAGGUUUUUCUUUUGUUUUUUUUUAGUUCGUGUGGGGAAAAAAAAAGAUUUCUGUUGAAUGUUUAGUUUUUCCUCUGCAUGCUCCAUCAUAUGUUGUGGGAACUAUAAGAACCUUCAUACUCUAUGAAUACGGAAUAAAAGAUUUGAACCUUG